GAGACGAAGACACGGGCACAAGUUGAUGGUGGGUUCGCUCUCGGCGGUAGCCGGUAGAACCAAAGUAGAAGAUUCUUUGACAAUAAGAAAGUGAGAAUACGAAGAAAGCACCUGUCUCGAAAAUACCCUCCCAUAAUUCCCUACCAACAACUCACUCACUGAGUCAAUCGAUCUUCUAUUUUUCUCUGUUCUUUCUUUUUCACCCACCCAACCAAAGCAAAGCGAGAUUCUCAAAAUGUUGUGCAAAAUGGUGAUGGCGCCCCGCAAAAAGAAGACCGGCUCAGUUCCGGUUUAUUUGAAUGUUUACGAUUUGACUCCGAUUAAUGGCUACGCUUACUGGUUCGGACUCGGGAUUUACCAUUCUGGAGUUCAAGUUCAUGGAGUUGAAUACGGGUUUGGAGCUCAUGACCAUUCAACAACUGGGAUUUUUGAGGUGGAGCCGAAGCGGUGCCCGGGUUUCACGUUCAGGAAGUCGAUUUUGAUCGGAAGAACAGAUCUUGGGCCUAAAGAAGUCCGUACGUUUAUGGAGAAAUUGGCUGAAGAUUAUUCUGGUAACACGUAUCACCUCAUCACUAAGAACUGCAAUCACUUUUGCAACGAUGUUUGUCUCAAGCUAACUAAGAAACCAAUCCCUCCGUGGGUUAAUCGUCUUGCGCGCCUGGGUUUCUUCUGCAACUGUGUUCUUCCAGCAGGGUUGAAUGAAACAAAGGUGCGGCAAGUUAGAUCAGAUGUUCGGGAUAUUGAGGGGGAAAAGAAGAAAUUGAAAAGCCAUUCAAGUAGAUAUGUAGCUUCUUCUGAUCCUCUUUCUGGUCCAAAACUGUCAUCUUGUCCUUCGGGUUCUGGGAUAAGAAGUAAUGGUAGACAAAGACGAUGUAUUCCAUCGUCUUCAACUUUGGUUCAUAGUUCUUCAACUUCUACCUUGAGCUUGAAGCUUUAAUGACCGUUGUGUUUUUACACUCACGUAAUGUUUUACAAUUUUACAACUCAGUUACAGAUGAUGAAGAAUCACGAAAGUUAAUUUCACCCCAUUUUGUUAUCCAGUCAUGCCAAUCUUUUUUCAUAAGUGGAAGCAGCUGCUGGAAAACUUGAGCAUUUUGGUGUCCUGUUAAAAAAGGAUAAAAAAUUGCCUCGUAUUGAAUAGCAUAAUUAUGUUUUUUGAAGUUUCUGGUUUCUGAAUUGAGCUGCAAAGUUAGAAAAAUCGGUUGGAUGGUCGUGGAUUGAAUGUCAUUAUGAAGCGACCACGGAUAAGAAAAAUACUCAAGUUCAAAUGAGGAUGAUUGUGGUUGCAGACAUGCCUUGUGCUGGUAGGCCUGGCCUGGGACCCUGUUUACUUUGUAACUAUGAAUUGGACCCUGUUUUCUUCGAUUGUACUUGAUAUGAGAUAUAUAUUUAUCUUAUUAAGGCCCCAUUUUAUUGCUUUAUAA